UGCCUACUUGGGCCUGCCCUUUGAACCUGCCUUUCGAGUGACAGAAUAAAUGCUUGCUCUGUCCCUGACCUGACUACUUUGGUUACUUGACUGCUGCGAAAGUACCAACACCGAAGAUGCCGCUGAAGUAUUAUUAUGAUUUAUUGUCUCAGCCUUCCAGGGCUGUUUAUUUGUUUUUAACAUAUAACAAAGUCCCGUUUGAAGCAAAGCCUGUUGCUCUCAGGAAAAAUGAACACUAUAGUGCUGAAUUCAAGAAGAUCAACCCUUUCUCCCUUGUUCCGGCUAUAGACGAUGAUGGGUUCUGUCUCACUGAGAGUACUGCCAUUGCCAAGUAUGUCAUUCAGAAGUUCAACCUACCUGAUCACUGGUUCCCGCAGAAAGAUAUAAAGAAGCAGGCUCGAGUGGAAGAAUAUCUGCAUUGGCAUCACUUCAACACUCGGGCGCUUUGUGCUAAUUUGUUUCGGAACUUGCUCAUUUUACCGAGAGCAACCGGCAAGAAAGCAGACCCCGAGGAUAUUGAAAAACAGAGACAGCGCAUAUUGAAAAUAGUCAUCCCUGCUUUUGAAAAUUACUUUCUGAAAGAUAGACCUUAUCUGGCUGGGAAUGAGAUAUCGCUGGCUGAUCUCUUUGGCUCGGCUGAGCUGUUGCAACUGAAAGCCUGCAAUGAGGAGUAUCUGUAUGAACAGUCUCCCAUAGUGAAAGCCUGGCUGGAGAGGGUGAGGAAGGAGACGAACCCAUAUUUUGAUGAAUCCAACAAGCUUAUUUACCGCACUGGAGAAAAUUUUCAAAAUAUUAUUUCGAAAUUGUGAGCAUUGACAAUACUUCCGUAAGCUGACAAAACACUUAUUUUUCAUUUUUGGCGCCAAAUUUGUUUUAUUUGCUAAAUUGAAAGCCUGAUCAGGUACCCUACUUGUAUGAAAAAAGCCAAAGUGAAACUGACUAGUUUUUUAAUAAAUUAGAAUUCAAAUUUGGAGAAGAACACCUUUUAAUUGGUUACGCUGACAAAAAAACCCUCUUUAUCUCGAAACUGCUGUGAAUAAAAAAAAGGCGUUUUGUCAGUUUAUGACAGAGUCGUACAAAAAUUUGGUGUGAUGAGUUGCAUCAUUUGUUAUGAGACUGAUUCACUUUUUAGUCAGGUUCUCAAAGGUGUUAUUCCUUUAAUAAAGUUGCCACAAACCUCUUGUGAAUCUGUUAGUUUUGUCAGCCACAUCUUUAUUUGAUUGUAACCAUGGAUUAUGUUGUUGAUGAUUUUUUAAAUUAUGUUGUUUUUUGGGUUUUUUCAUUUAUUUUGAGAAUUGUUAGAUUGCCUCUUGUAUUUAUGCAGAAUUCUAAUUGGCUGUGCCUGAUGGAGAAAAAGUUUAAGUUUUCAUGUCCAUACCGAUCAUGAUAUGACUGAAGUAAGUCCAUCCAUGUACAAAACAACAGGAAAUAAUGUUCUCAAUGGAAUUUGAGGGGGGGGGGGGGGAGCUCAUAGAUUUGCAGUUUAAGAUGAAAUGGAUGUACUUUUGUAAUGCAUGCAUGAUGGUAUUUCUUUGCGAGACUUUUGUCGCUUACUGCACAUUUUGUGUACAUGGUUGCUGUCCUUAUAAUAAUAAUGAUAUUAAUGUUAUAGCAAUGUGAUUUUUAUAGUGCACUUUCAUUCUGUGAAUGUUCAAUGCAGUUUACUGGACAGAUUUCAUGAACAAAUAUAUACACUUAGUCAUCAUUAGCGAUGCAAUACAUAAAAAUAAACAUGAUCUCUCUCUCUCUGUGUCUUUGUCUCCGUCUCCCACUCCCUCUACUUUCCCUGCAUGUAAACACACAUACCCACAUGCAUGCGUAAAUGCCACACACAGCACACAAACACAGACUUCCUUGAAUGGAUCUUGUUGAAUGAAGCGUGUAAGGAGACGGGUUCUUUACAUUCUUACUUGACUGAUUUUGGAGCGGAAAGGACUACGCACUAGGCGAUGUCGCCCAAAAGGUGACGCACUCUUAUUCUCUUUUCACUAUAACUUAUGUUAUUCAAGAAAUGUUACUAGAAUAUAUUACAUUUUAUUGUCUGUACAUGUAUCCUUGUGCAUGUGCAUGUAUGAUUUGACUUGUGAAUGUUUAGUGGGUACUCUGAUGAGGUUUACUCCUUCCUUCCUAUCAAACAUUUGCUUGGUAUGUUACUCUCUAGUAACAACUUUAAUCUUCGACACUUAUAUGACCUAUUUGUUUUGCAUGUGCUGUAAAACUCUUACAAAAGCUUUAUUGGUUUGGCUCUUCGCCUUGCACAUGAAAAGAUGUGAGUUUGAGUCGCAGGCAGGAGAGUUUAUCUUAUCAAGUAAUUGCAUGAUAUGUGUGUCCAACUCAAACAGUUUGUUGACUUCUCAUCUCCUAAACGGCAUCAAUUUUGUCAAUGCGGGUGUAAAACAUUUUGAUAAUUUACAAUAAAAAUAUAGUAUUUGUGAAGUGAUUUUAUCUAAACAUCGGAAUGACAUUUUUUGUCUUGUCUUCAUGAAACUUUUACUAUGACUAUGACAAUAUAUGCCUCUUGUUUUACAGCUCUUAUGGCCUUAACAGGUUGGGUUGGAGAGGCUUGCCUUGAAAAUUAUGUGAAUUGGGUCCAUGAGACCACUAAGCACAUUAUUACAACCAUGUUUUUGUUGUUCUAUAAGAAUUGUUGCCUUUAUAGGAUAAUAUAAUAUCGAGAAAUUA